UGCAAUUGGCAUUUUACUUGUUUUUGGAUGAGCAAAAACUGUGUCACAUUUUGCGUUUUAACGGCUUCUAACAGUCUUAGAAACAAUUUAGUAUUUUAUUUAGAUACUUAUUUUAAAAUAGUACAUAUUUUUAUUAAUAUUAGCUACAUGAGUGUGGUGUAAAUCCCAUAACAUACUUUUGUUAUGAUAAAGGUUUAUCCUUGAGUAUUUUUUGGAACGUAGAAAACAUGGAACCUCUGCGACAUUCAGAAUCAGAUACUGUGGAAUACUGGAAGAAACAAGCUAAACACUAUGAGCAAAAGGCAAUUGAUAUGCAACAAGAGUUGGAUGAGUACACGGAAAAUUCAGCACAGUUGGAAAAGGAACUUGAAGCUUCACUUUUACAAGUUGAGAAACAGAACAGAGAUCUAGAACAUCAAAAUCAGCGGCUAAAAAAUGAAAUAGAAUCACUUAAGAAUAAAUUAGAAAGAAGUCAACAUGAAACAAAUGCAUUGGAAAAUGAAGUGCAAUCACUCAAAAUAGAACAGGACAAAAAAGCUGAAUACAUCAGAGAGUUGGAGCAAAAAAAUGAUGAUUUGGAAAGAGGGCAAAGGGUUGUCUCUGAAUCAGUGUCUUGCAUAGAGGCAUUGUUAAAUCAGGCAUAUGAAAGAAAUGCUGUUUUAGAAAGUGAAGUUGAUGAAAUAGAAACACUAAAAGUGAGAUUACAACGAGCUACAGAUGAAGCUAGAGAUCUGAAGCAGGAACUGAAAGUAGUGGAAAAACUCCCAGUGCACAGAAAGGAAGAUGAUAGUACAAAUGAAAAUGCAAUGGUCAAUGGGCACCACACUUCCUCCAGAGCAGUUGAAACAGAAACCCAAACACUUUUACCUUCACCACAAAAACGCGAAAUUAAUGGCAAUGCCAUGACACCGUCAGCCAGAGUAUCCGCCAUCAACAUUGUGGGUGAUUUGCUCCGUAAAGUUGGGCUUGAAAGGUUUCUUUGCCGUGAAUGUGGUAAGAUCAAAUGCUCGUGUGAUGGUCAACCUCCAGACUUGAGUGAAGCCGCCAAGUCAACCGAGAUCUCCCAUGCCUGUGAUAACACCGAUAACAGCAUAGACGCUUCCAUAGAAUAUAGAAACCCUAAAGUGUUCAUACGACAAUCUUCUGGGCCUGAUCCAAUAACACAAAAACACCAGUUAAAGCACAGAUCCUCCGAGGAAGGAUUUUCUAGGCCCGGCGUGGGGGAGAAUGGGAAAUUGAGACGAUCUUUCGCUGUGAGGUCUAGGGAGGGGCUUGAAAAUCUGUUGAGCUUCGGUUCUAUUCGGAAAGGACAGCCGAGAGCGAAUCCAAAGCAGACUUUAGCACGAUAACAUAUACCUGUAGUAGUGAAUUGUCUAGUGGCUCGUACACAAAUACCUGUAUAAUACCACCCAAAAGGGUCACCUCUGCUUCUAAGAAUAUUAAAUAGAUGGAAAAAUUGUUGAUAUAGUUCUGAUUAUAGUUUUUUCCUAUAUAUUUAUAUUACUCAAAGCUAAGGUGGUUUACAGGGCAGUAGCACACAAACAUACCAACAUUGUGUUUGGUAAUUUUAUGCUUUAAUUCUUCAGUUAGUAGUUGUUGUUAGUAGGAGUUUGUAGCCGUAAUCUUGUAAACUUGACUGGAGAGAAUGUAAUCACGCAUUCCUGUGACCAUAAAUUAAAAAAAUAGGUCCGUAACUGGCAAUCAUACGUUUCUUUGAUACUAAAAGCAAUCCUUUAGAUUGAACUAGUCAAGUUUUAAUUCGAUAAAAAAUGUUUGUAGUUAUCGAGUUAUAGCACAACAAUUAUAAAAUGUUAAUAUUUUCUACACCCAAAUUCAAUGUGACAUUUUAGUAUCUCAACAUGGUCGGGAAUAAAUGGUUAAAAUCUGUUGGAUAUGACUUACUUAGAUUACGGUGUUUACUUAAUUGCAGUGUACAUAACAUGAUGUAUAAAAAGUGCUAUUUAGUACUGUUUUUCAUUAUUGAAAAUGAUAUUUUUAGAUUUUAGAUGCAUUUAUUAUACGUGAAUUUAUUAUACUAUGUAUUGAGUUAUAUUUCCCCAGUAAUAUUUUAUGUGUGCGUAAUUAGUCACGGUGAAGGCUUUAACCGCACAUUAUUUCCCAUCACCUACUAAUAUUAGUAUCAUUCAUAUAUUGUACUUUUCUUCAUUGUAGGCUUUGGAAUCAAAGUUAGCAUCGUGUCGUGGUACGGUUAGACCUAAAGAGCAUUCACCAAAUUCAAGCUCAGAUGUGAAUAAGGACUACAGGUGUGUACUCAAGAACUAAUACGCUGUUUGUCAUCGGCAACUCAUCGCCACUGCACUGCAAAACUUAGUUGCAGACUUAGCACUUAGUGUGAUAUUGGUACACAAGUAAAAUAAUGUAGAUUGGAUGUAUAUUUUCGUAAAAUUGUCUGAGUUAAGCACUUAAGUAAUAUCAAAGAAGCUUUAAAUCUGCUUCAUACUUAAAUAUAAACUAACUUGUGUACUAGAAUUAACAUCACUUUUCCUAUAAUUUGCUAAAAAACUGUGAUGAUAAAUGAAGAUAUUGUAAGGAUUGGUAAAUGUAGUACUAAUUAUCUAAUUUUGGCCUACCCACCGGCGAAAAAACACGUUAUUUGCGGCACACAAAGGCUUCUAUAGAUCUGUAGAUACCAUUGGAUUAUGAGUUUUAGGGCUUCGCGACCACAUAGUGUCUAUAAUGGACCAUCAUUUAAGUACUUGUAAAAAAGUGUGCCGUCCGUCUAAGAUCUGAACGAUAUAAAUAAAAAUAUAAUUUAAUUUACCGUAAUAUAAUAAAAUCGUUAAUUCUAUCAGAUAUGUAUUCUUUAUUAAUGAACUAUAUUGCAUUGGCGCCCGAAUCAAAUCUUGAUAUGGUUAUCUGUCUGCGCGCGUGUAAGCUAUCGCUAGCUUAAAUUGGUGGACAAAAUAUUUUGGAGUGAUAAUUUAUGUAAAUAAUUAGAAUACAUAUGAAAUUGUUAAAAUUUUUAUAAUAUUAAUUUAAUUAAUUUCUGGAAUAUACAAUCAAAUCUGUAGAAUCUUAUACUCACCGGACUGAUUUUGAUAUCUUAAGCUGUUUUCGUUAAUGGAUAAAAUAAUAAAAGAACUAAUAGAUGCAGAUAAUAACAAAAAUAGUAAGACAAAAUAUUGGCAGUUUACAAAAAAAAGUUAAUGUUACAUUUUCUUGCAGUUAAUACCCUAUAUACGUGUUUGUUUUUAACAAAACCUUGAGUCAUUCAUGUAAAGAAUUGAAAUAUCGUGUCCAACGCAGACAAGUCGAUUAUCGCCCCAUAAUUUAGUUCGUGGUAUUUAAUUUAUGGUUUACGCUAUUCGCAUCUGUCCUCAGUAUGCCAAAAGAAGGCGACAUAUUGCACAAUAACAAAUGAGAGGCAUUUUUGGAAGGAAUUUUUGAGUUACAACAGCAAAAAGUCUAACACUAAUUUGCGGCGCCAAUAACUAUAAAGCAUUGGAACGGCGCAAACAUUUUCAGUGAUUCAGUUAUCUUUGUUAUUCUCAUGUGACAAAAUUUAGCUAGCUAGGUGAAGACAACUGCAGCAUGUGUAAAGGCAGUUGGUAGCAUUGACUUACAUGCUGCCUUAUAUGUUUUUUGCCGUGUCUUUUUCAUGCAGCUGUCAGACUUUUAUAUAAGUAGGUCGUUUCAGUCUGUGUUCAUGAAUAUUAGCAAUAUUUAAUUAGACUUAAAUUUCAAUUCUUUACUUUAAUGAUCUCCUGACUUAUUAUAAAAUAACGAAUGGGCAAUGUCGAUAAGACGUAUUUUAUUUAACAUCGUAAUUAACCAUUGUCAUCUAAAAUAAUAUCUAUUAUACAUAUUUUUAAUAUUUAAUUUCUAUAAUUAUUGGUCAUCUUCAUUGUUAAUCCAUUUCGACCCCCAUACUCCAUUUUGUAAGCAUGGUAUGUCUGUCGUUCUAAUCUAUAAGCAGCCUUUCUAACAUAAACAACAAUGUUCCUCAGUUUCGAUUAUAGCAAUAAAAUAAUUUCUAAUAGAUAUAAUUACUGUUGUAAGCAUCGUAAUUUGUGCUCACACUAUUAACUGAUGAAAUGAUCAAGUUUAUAUUAAAUGAUAGAUAAAAUAAUGCAUAUACUCUUGUUACACAUAGUCUUGCCUUAUUGUACUACGUCAGUAUAGAUUUCAUUUAUAUGACAAGAGAUUUAGCCUCUCUCUUUAGCUCUAAUAGAACCAACUAGUUUUUUAAAUUUGUGUGGUAACGAUAUCGAAUGAUAUGAAUUUACUGUAAGUGUAUUAGUUUCCACGCUGUCUUACUGCCACGCCUGUUGACACAAGUUUUAAGUAGAUUCUAUUGAGAUAAAAAGGUAAGUAAAGAAGACUUCUAAAUCGUGUAAAAAACAAAAAUUGAUUUUCUAAAAUGAAGUGUUAAUUGUAUGCUUUACUUUAACAAGCUCUCAGUCCUAUAUAUUUGCGUAAUUAAUAAUUAUGGUGUUUGGCCGUCGCUCCUGUUAUAAAAUUAUAACUUCAUCUAUUUAAGCAUCAGCGCCAAGAACCCGACUGUCGGGUACACUGUUCGUAGCGACUACUCGCUCCAUACGGCAAAGACGUGGCUACGCGCUACGAGCGUAACCCGUAGCACUUAGUGGCAAUGAAUGUGUUAAGUUUUAAAACGCUGUAAAAAAAUAAUGGGAAAGAGACUUACUAAAGUGAUGCUGACGACAUUAUUAAGAAGGCACAACUUUUAGAAAUGUUUAGCAGUCUUUAUUAUUUACUUAUCUUUGACUUACAUCGUAGCUGUCUGUAACACGUUAUUGCUAAUGCUAGGCGUGAAGUGAGAAUUAUUUUUACAACCAGAUACUUCAAUUCAGUUCUGAUGUUUUGUUAAAUUUUUAAGCAUUUAUUCCAUGUGAUGGAGGUGAAACAGUUAUUUUGUGCGCAAUUUAAUAUUGAACAAUAUUAAACCAUAAGUCAAAACUUAA